GCUACGGCCUCUGACUCUCGAGAAGACAGCCACCCAUUGCAAAAUUUUCUCUGGGCCGGAGACCGGCCGCCCAGUUCGUAGAAAGAUGGGCAGCUCUCAAAAAAGACACAAACAGCUGAAGGAUGGAUACCAUUGCAUAUAUUAAAAGCAUGUUGAAAGAAAAAUAAGGAAGCCAGGACUCUCAGGAUGAAUCAGUCUAGAUCCAGAUCAGGUGACGGUGGUGAAGAAACCUCAUCUCAAGACCAUAAUCAUCGUGAAAAUGAGAGAAGAUGGCAGCAAGAGCGUCUCCAUAGAGAAGAAGCCUAUUAUCAAUUUAUUAAUGAACUCAAUGACGAAGAUUAUCGACUAAUGAGAGAUCAUAAUCUUUUAGGCACUCCUGGAGAAAUAACAUCAGAAGAACUACAACAACGAUUAGAUGGAAUGAAGGAACAACUAGCAUCGCAGCCUGAUUUGAGACAUGGGACAAAUAACAGAGACUCAGAAGUCCCUCGAGAAAGUUCAAAUGAAGAUUCUCUGCUAGAAUGGUUGAACACCUUUCGUCGCACAGGAAAUGCAACUCGAAGUGGACAAAAUGGGAACCAAACUUGGAGAGCUGUGAGUCGAACAAACCCAAACAGUGGAGAGUUUCGGUUUAGUCUGGAAAUCCACAUAAAUCAUGAGAAUAGAGGAUUUGAAAUUAAUGGAGAAGAUCAUUCAGGCAUUCCACUUUCAGAUAUUAGCAGGGAUCGUACUAGCAAUAGGCAAGAAAGAUCAACUAGUCCUGUGGCUAGGCGAACAAGAAGCCAAACCUCCAUGGAUUUCAGUGGUAAUAGUGCCACCAUUACAAGGACAAGGCUUGGUUCAAGGGAGCAGAAUUUAGUUGAAGGAUCACUUUCAACACUGGGAAGGUUAAGGAAUAGAAUUGGGCAGGCAGUUGGCAUUCCUAGAACUAGUGCUUCGCGUGCUAAUUUUAGUAAUCACACAAACCAAUCAGGUGGUAGUGAACUCAGGCAAAGGGAGGGGCAAAGAUUUGGAGCAGCACAUAUUUGGGAAAAUGGAGCUAGAACUAAUGUCACAGUGAGAAAUACAAACCAAAGAUUAGAGCCAAUAAGAUUACGGUCUGCUUUCAGCAGUCGAAGCCGUUCACCAAUUCAGAGACAGAGUGGCACUGCUUAUCAUAAUUCCCAAAGGGAAAGUAGACCUUUGCAGCAAACAGUUAGAAGGUCUGUGAGGAGGAGAGGUAUAACUCGGGUCUUUGUAGAGCAAGAUAGAGAACGCAGAGGUACUGUAAGUGCCCCAUUCUCUAAUUCAAGACUUGUGUCAAGAAUAACAGUAGAAGAAGGAGAAGAAUCCAGCAGAUCCUCAACUGCUGUACGACGACAUCCAACAAUCACACUGGAUCUUCAAGUGAGGAGAAUUCGUCCUGGAGAAAAUAGAGAUAGGGAUAGCAUUGCAAAUAGAACCCGCUCUAGAGUAGGGCUAGCAGAAAAUACAGUCACUGUUGAAAGCAAUAGUGGGGGCUUUCGCCGAACUAUUUCUCGUUUAGAGCGGUCAGGUAUUCGAACCUAUGUUAGUACCAUAACAGUUCCUCUUCGGAGGAUUUCUGAGAAUGAGCUUGUUGAGCCAUCCUCAGUGGCUCUUCGGUCUAUUUUAAGGCAGAUCAUGACUGGGUUUGGAGAAUUGAGUUCUUUAAUGGAGGCUGAGUCUGAGUCAGAGAUUCAGAGAAAUGGUCAGCAUUUACCAGAGAUGCAUUCAGAACUGAGUAACUUAGGUACAGUUAAUGAAAACAGCCAGCUCAGUGAAGGUUCCUCUCAAGCCAGAGAAGCCCAAGAAGACAGCACUGAAAUGCAAGCUGAAAAUGAGACCACCCAGCCUCAGACUCAAAACAGUGACAGUAGAGGAGGCAGGCAGUUGCGAAAUUCAAACAAUUUAGUUGAAACUGGAACACUACCUAUUCUUCGCCUUGCUCAUUUCUUUUUACUAAACGAAGGUGAUGAUGAUGAUCGAAUACGUGGUUUAACCAAAGAGCAGAUAGACAAUCUUUCCACCCGGAACUAUGAGCAUAAUGGUAUUGAUAGUGAACUAGGUAAAAUCUGUAGUGUUUGUAUCAGUGACUAUGUAACUGGAAACAAGCUCAGGCAAUUACCUUGCAUGCAUGAAUUUCACAUUCAUUGUAUUGACCGAUGGCUCUCAGAGAAUUGCACUUGUCCAAUCUGUCGGCAGCCUGUUUUAGGAUCCGGCAUAGCAAAUAAUGGGUGAAAUGAUGGGAUCUAUUCAAAUAUUGUAUUUUAAUAGAGAUGACUAUUGAAGCAUUCUUUUGUUGAGUUAUUUGUGAUGAGCUAACCAGGAUGAAAAAUAACAGAUUAUAGUUUAAACUAUUUUUUGUGUGCUUUUUUAACUUGUUAAAAAGAGGAAAUUUAUAUGAAAUUUAAAAUGCAAAUGUUAAAUUAUCCAAAAGUCCAGAAUAGUUAAUAUUGCUAGAACCAAAUAACCUUUAAAAUGUUUUUAUUUUGGUAAUUUUGUCAUGCUAAGCACUUUUGUAUCUGCACAAUUCAGUAAGUUGAAAAUCAGUCAUUGUUAAUACUACAGCAGACAUUUCUUGGAUUUUCAAGUUUCAUAGGCUUAGUGCUAAGUCAAGACAUUGGUGUCUAAGCCUUUGAAAGAAUGUUUGGCUGAAUGUUUGCUAAAUAUAAAUAUUUAAGUUACUUGAAAUGAUAAUUUAAUACACAGUAUACCUUGUGUGUAUAUAUAUAUAGAUAGAUAUAUAAUUUUAAGAUUAAAAUGUCCAGUCUAAAAACUACAAGUUUGAUUCUUAUUUAAGCUUUUUGGACUAAUACUACAUAUGGCACAAUGUUUACUAUUGACAAGAUCAUCUCUGAGAAGAUUAAGAUAUAAUUCUGAAGUAAAGAUAAUUUACUGAAGCGUCUCUGACAAUCUGACUUACUAGAUAGCAAGCAAUAUGUAAUACUGAACAAGUAUUUUUUAUUCAGGAAUGGGACAUGGAAAAUUUAGGUCAUAUAGAUUAUUUAACUUGAGUUCAGCCUUUUUUGUGACUUUUUUGGAAGUGCAAAUAAUUCUUUGGAUUAAGUAUAAGGUAUACAAGAUGCAUGGUUUUUUC